AUGCAUCUCAUCCUCACCGGCGCGACCGGCCUCGUCGGGUCUUCUGUGCUUGACGCCAUGAUCAAGACGCAAGCCGUGACCAAAAUCUCCGUCCUCAGCCGCCGGCCGAUCCCCUUUGCCGACGACGCCAAGAGCCCCAAGGUGCACGUCAUCAUCCACCGCGACUUUACGCGAUACGACGACGCCAGUCUCCUCGAGCAGCUCCGCGACGCGCAGGGCUGCGUGUGGGCGCUGGGCAUCAGCCAGACAAAGGUCAGCCGCGACGAGUACACGAAAAUCACAAAGGACUACGCGCUGGCCGCCGCCGCAGUCUUUGCGGGGUUCGGCGCGCCGCGGCGGCCCUUUCGCUUCGUCUACGUCUCGGGCGAGGGCGCCACGCAGACGCCCGGGCGCUUCGCCGCCGCUUUUGCGCGCGUCAAGGGCGAGACGGAGCAGGGCCUGGCGGACCUCACCGCGGCGUCCUGCGGCACGCUGCAGGCCGACGCCGUCCGGCCCGCGUUUGUCGAUGCCGCGCAGCACGACGCCAUCAGGCCGUACAUUCCGGAUCCGGGUCUGCUCUACCGCGCGACUCUGGCCGUGCUGGGUCCCGUCGUGCGGACGGCGCUGCCCGACAGCCACUCGCCAACGUCCAUGCUGGGCAGCUUCCUGACGGAAAUGGCCAUGGGGACCAAAGAUGCCAGUCUGCAGGCCAAUGGCGCCUUUCACUUGGGGCUCUCUUGGAUAGUCCCGAAUGCGGCGAUCCGCAAGUCCAUGGCUUCCAAGGCCUGA